AUGGCCCACCUCGCCCGCAACCUCCCAAAGAGGGUGUUUCCCUCAUCAUUAGCGACACACAUCCGUCAAACACCAGCAUUAAGCGCCAUUCUUCAACCAGUCACCCGCGCACCCCGAACACCCCAAACUCAACAAAUCCCCCUCACUCUCCGCCGAAGCUACCAUUCAGCCCUGCACCCCCGCCUUCCAGACCACGAAUACACAAACUCCCAAACAGCAAUUCUGACGGCAGCCCUCUCCCAUGUCCAAGCCCACGGCUUCACCGCCAAAGCCCUAACCCUAGGCGCCCGUGACGCAGGCUUCCUCGACGUCUCCGUGCAACUUCUCCCGCGCGGCGAAUUCGACCUCAUCCUCUUUUGGCUCGCGAGCCGCCGCGGCCUCCUGCGCGGCAAAGUCGAGGAAGGCGGCUUAUUCCGACGCAUUGCAGCGGAGAAAGGGAAGGAUGUGCACGAGCUCAGCGUUGAGGAGCGGGUUCGCGGACUGCUGCUGGAGAGGCUGCGGAUGAACGGGGACGUCAAGGACGUGUGGCAAGAUGCUCUUGCGCAAAUGUCCCUUCUGUCUAAUAUCCCGCUGUCGUUGACGGAAUUGCAUGCUCUUGCCUCAGAUAUUCUCACUCUGUCCGGUGACGACGCUGUCGAUGCUACUUGGUAUACCCGCCGCCUGGCGGUUUCUGCGAUCUACGCCAGCGCCGAGGUUGUGAUGACUCGCGACCCGACGCCGGAUCUUGUGGAGACCGAGGCGUUCGUGGAUCGUCGGUUUGAGGACCGGAAGGUGAUUGCUGAUAAAUUCACUGGAAUUGGACAAUAUGCUGGGUUUGGAUGGAAUACUGCUGUUGGCCUUGGCCGGAGCUGGGGAUUGAAGAUUUGA